CGCUCCAUCCGUCACAUCGUUACCACUGGCUGAGAAUCCCACACCGUGGUUAUUUUUGAAUCUGGCGUUUUUUUGGCCACGGGUGUCUGCUCACUUCUCCACUUGACGGAGUAAGAGGGGGUAUACAUAUAAUGGAUCAGUUUCCCGAUCGCACCCUACCUUCAAUACGUAUACUCUCAGAUUCUGUUAACUUCGCUGUGCGACCGUUGAAUUGAACGUUCGUCUGUCUACAUGUCCUAGCUUGAGGAAGGUUUAUCACGCAAGCCUCACUAGUAUAUUGUGCUUCGCUCUAUCACACACCCUGCAUUACUAAAAGUCGGCACUUAAAUAAAACGUCAAAAUGGCGACCCAGGAGGUUUUCUCCAAUACCCUACAGUACCUCCAAUCAAAAGACCAGGGGACGCUGUAUAGAGCGCCCCGAACUACUUUCCCACGGCCUCCGUCCGACACUACGGAGAUCAUGGACACCGAUUUCGACUCAGACUCAACGGAAGGGUACAUGGAGAAUUCGCCCCGAAGAAGUCUUCGAUCAUUUGGAACCGCAAGUGUCACUACUGCCUCCACGCCAGAUGAUGUAAAGACGCCUGACUCAACUGGACUUAAUGCAUUCCACUUCCACAUUGACGAGAAUGAGAAGCCUAUUGCUGGUCCAAUGGGCCCUCAUCUUUUCCGCCUUUCAAAAGACUCCAUAGAUCUCAGAUCUUCCUUCGAAGUCGACUUGGUCUUUCAAGAUACUCCUAUCAGUGCUACAACCCCCUUGUACAACUCCGCAUCAAAGCUUGGUCCCGACAGGAGGGACACUCCUGUCCCCGGACACAACCUAGCCUUGCGAAAGAGCAAGUCUCAGUCUACUAUUGGAAGUCAGACAAAUGAAGCUUCAGAUGCAAACAUUGCAAGCUGGACUCCACAGGAAGUCGUGGCAUGGAUGCAGAAGCUAAAUUUCGACAGCGAACUUGUGGAGAAGUUCUUCAUCAACGAUAUUUCCGGGCCGAUUCUCUUGGAGCUUCAAUCAGAGGACCUGAAAGAGCUUGGAGUUCAAUCAUUCGGCAAACGCCACCAGUUGAUGAGCUCCAUCCGCCAAUUACGCAACAGCGCCGAUGUUCGCCCGACUAAAGUUCAAAUCCCUGUGCAAUCAGAUCCAGUGUCUCGGGAAGCAACACCACAGACGACAAUGGCUGAUGUUGGCACCAGUUGCCCCAGCUCCGGAACCGACGAAGAGAACUCUGGGCAGAAGUCAAAGGACCACAGCCGUCGUCGUCAUCGUCGCCGCCCUCGGGAGGUCAUCGUUCCCGAGGAUUCAGUCUCCAUUGUUGGCAUUGAGCAGGUAAUGCCAAAGCUCCAUAGGUGUUCGAAGGGUGAGGAUUGCCGCAAGUGGCAGAAGCAACAAAUCAAAUUCGCUCGUCUUGCCAAAGACCUUCCAGUUGGAUCAUUGGGAGGCUCUGUGAUUGUGACCGGUGAUCCAGGCAAUGCCACCACCGCUCGCAACCUGGUCAAGAGCCCCAAGUCAGAGAUCACUCCUUCCCUGAUUGCAUCUUCGGAUGCCCUGGGCCAGAAUCCAAGCACCGAUAUUCCCUUGUCGAAAGAGAUGCUCCACGGUGUUCAGCCACUGGACCCCCAGGAAAACGUCCGCCACUUCCUGAAUUUCCAAAGAUUGAGCCGUCUGCAACCUGCAAACGACCCAGCAACCCCGCCCAGAGACACCUUUCCUUCUCCAGAGGCGGACUCCCCUGGGACUUUGGCGGAAAAUCUGCGUCAUCUUCCCAAGCUCCGGAUUCCCAGCACCCAUGCUUCGUGGCGAAGCUCAAACCUUUCACCCAACUUGUCGGCGCAGCGAACAGUGACGCCUUCCAUUGCCCGAAACAAACCCUCAUUCCCGAAAUCCAUUCCAGACCGGGCUCAAGACGAAAUCUCUUCUGCUUUCUCCCCUGCAGAUUUCUAUCGCCAAGAUCCUCACUAUGGACAGUCAACACCAUCUUCCGAAAUGGAUGUUCCUCUCACCGCGAUCCCUGUCGGACCAGUGGAGCGAAUGUUCUCUCAGUCAGUUCCUCCCGACAUGCGGUUUGGAAAUAAUGAGGACAUCAUUCAAGACCCAAUUACACGCCCGACUUCUACAAAGGUUGAGAAUCACCGACGCUACACCAGCUCUCACCUUGCUCUGACUCGUCUGGACGAGAGUCAGGCGCUACGACCAAUUGAAACCCCGGAGGAUCUCGAGCGUACCCCUCGCGCUGGCCCCGGUCGUGUGCACCCAUUUGACCGGUCUGGAAAGCUAUCUAGCGACAUCAGCCACUCUGGGUGGAUGAAGAAGCGCAAGACUACUCGGCUCCUUCGUCACGAGUGGGAAGAGCACCACUUUGCUCUGCGAGGCACCCAGCUUUCAAUGUACUCCGACGAGGAGGACACUCGCCGCAAUUCUAAGGCACUGGAGCAAAUUGACGUUGACGACUACGCUGUUGCUUGUUCAUCGCUCGCAUCAAGCUCAAAGCUCACUGCGGCAUUCAAGAAAACAGUUCUCAAGCGCAAGGACGAUACCCGUGGAGAUACCGCCUUUGCGUUCUCUCUCAUCCCAUCCCCAAGCAAUGGCUCUUCCGGCAUUGACCGCAAGUCUCUCUUCACUGCUGGCGGAAAGUCUCACCACUUUGCUGUGAAGACUCGCGACGAGCGCAUUGGCUGGAUGCGCGAGGUCAUGAUAGCCCGAGCUCUCAAGAAAGGUAUUGAGAGCGGUGCUGCCAUCAAAGUGAAUGGCAACGCUAUCUAAACGCAUACAUGGAAAUCCAUGGUUAUAGCGGCUUUUGUUUCCCAUCGACUUUCAUCGUUUUACUCGCUUUAUACCCUAGCAUUCUGCAGAUAUCUGGCCCACGCCGAUUUUCUCCCACUGUACUUCCAUUAUCUUUUCUCAAACCACUUGCUUUCAUACCCAUGAUGUUUAUGAAUGGACGAUUUUCUUUGUUGUUUGCAUCUACUUCGGACGGUGUUCAGGAUCAGACCGAAAAGGACUUAGACACAUGUAUUUAGCGAGUGCAGGCUCACACCAUUUACUAGAGUCAAUUCUCACAGAUAACUAUUCAUUUCUACACAUUAUGUCUACCAAAUUGCGACAUGCCUCAUCCGUUUCCUAAAGAGCUGUCAGGAACGCCGAGCUAACCAAAAGACCUCGAUACGGUGUGUUUCAGGUGCCACGAGAAGGUGAGAUUAAGUGCCCUGUAUCACGCGCCAUCUUAACGUUGUUGGAU